AUGCAAAGACAACCACUGAAGUCCCCUUGCAAACCGCAGAUGGAGUUGGAUAGGAUUAGCAACUUACCGUGUCAUGUUGCAGAACGAAUUCUGUCGUGUUUGCCGAUUAGGGAGGCAGUGAGGACAAGUGUUUUGUCAAGCAAGUGGAGGUACAAAUGGGCUAUGGUUGCGCAUCUCGUGUUCGAUAAUCACUGUCUCUCGGCUCAAAACCGAACAACUUUUGUCAACAUUGUUGAUCAUGUACUCUUACUUCACAUUGGCCCCAUACACAAGUUCAAGCUUUCAAAUCGAGAUUUUCUAGCCACUAGUGAUAUUGAUCGAUGGAUUCUUCAUCUGUCAAGAAGCUCUAUCAAAGAGUUCAUACUUGAAAUUUGGAAAGGGAAUCGCUACAAGAUGCACUCAUCUGUAUUUUCUUGCCAAGAUAUGACUCAUUUGGAGUUAUUUAAUUGUUUGUUAAGACCUCCGCCAACAUUCAAAGGCUUCAGCAGAUUGAAGAGCCUUGAUCUUCAGCAUGUUACCUUGGCCCAAGACGUCUUUGAUAAUAUGGUUGUUCGCUGUCCUCUGCUUGAGAAAUUGACUGUGAUGAACUUUGACGGUUUCACCCUUCUCAACAUUGAUGCACCAAAUCUCCAAUUCUUUGACGUUGGAGGUGUUUUUGAAGAUGUUAAUUUUAAGAAUACCUUAAAUCUUGCUGUAGUCUCCAUUGGUUUGUACGAGCAUGUUUGCAACUACCAAAGACGAGGGCCUCCUGGCAGUUCUAGCCAUUUGCUCAAGUUUUUUGCUCACCUGCCUCGUAUUCAAAGACUGGAAAUUCAGAGUUACUUUUUAAAGUUUUUGGCUAUUGGUACCUUGCCAGGAAAGCUGCCUAAACCAUGUCUAGUUCUGAAUUAUCUUUCUAUUCGCAUAAGCUUCACUGAUUCAGAUGAGAUCUCAACUGCUGUAUGCCUUUUGAGAAGCUCCCCUGCUCUACAAGAAUUAGAAAUUUUGGUCCGGCCAGAGGAUACAACUUGUGCAGGAACGGUUAACUUUCAGUUAGAUGACAACUGGAAUGGUCCAAUUGCCCGACUCCGCCGUGUGAAAAUAAACGGCAUCGCUGGUACCAAACCCGAACUAGAAUUCAUCAGACUUCUACUUUUAGGUUCACCUGCGCUUGAGAAGAUGACUGUUAAGCCCGCUUCUGUCACCUGUGGUUGGGAGAUUGUAAAGAAGUUGCUUCAGUAUAGGCGCGCCUCAGUAUGUGCAGAGAUAAUCUACAUGGACCCAUGA